UCCAAUUCACUCUAAUUUUGGCGUCUAGUUGAACAACCAGCAACCAUUUUUCUAAAAAAAAUUGUACAGGAGAAGACAUAAAUGAAAAAGCAAUUUCACUUUGCUUUUUUAUUGGCCAUUUUGGCUCUGGUCGUUGUCGGAAAUGAUGCUACAGAAUGCGGCAUUGCAAAUCGGCCCGCCAGAAUAACAGGAGGCAUCGAAACACUACGCAAUGAAUUCCCAUGGGUGGCUUACUUGCGACUCUUCUUCUGGAGUGGAACUUCUGCACAGUGCGGAGGUACACUUAUCCAUGAACGUUGGAUCCUAACAGCUGCCCAUUGCCUCUAUGGCGUCGUCAACGUUACUGUCGUUCUGGGUGCUCACGAUAUCAACAACCCAAGCAGUCUGGGAAGGCAAGAAUUUUCUACGAAAAAAUGGAUCAGUCAUCCACUUUGGCGUUACGGUGACGUGGAAAAUGAUAUCGCGGUUAUAGAACUGCCAGUAGCCGCCACCAUGACAGAUUACGUUAGACCGGCUUGUUUACCCUACCCUGACGAUCCCAGUCUAGAUGGCUGGACUGUGACCAUUACAGGUUGGGGAAACUACUCCAGUGACGUGAAUAGUGGCUCUAGUCCAGUAUUGCGGAGUGUACGAUCAUCCGUCAUCGAUUCAUCCGGAACAACUGGUUUAUGCCAGCAAAAGGCAGCUGAUGUUGGCCCUUUCCAUGGCGAUAAAAUCAUUUGCAGCGACUCGAGUUACAACCGCCAUUUUUGUCACGGAGAUGAUGGCGGUCCAAUGAAUUAUCACAAUGCUUACUGGAAUACUUUUACUGUCGUUGGUGUGGCAUGGAUUGGAGAUCCGAGCGUUGAAUGCUCCGUUUCGACCAAACCCAACAUUUGUGCACGGGUUAGCUAUUACGUCGACUGGAUCCAUGAUACGACCGGUAUACCACGUCUCCCUAAACCAACAACAACUACUACUACAACAACGACAACGCCAGCACCGACGACAGCCUACUUCACCUGUGAAGGAAAACCUAGUGGAUUGUAUCCGAAUCCAGCGUGUACUUGCUGUACCACUUUCUAUAAAUGUUCCAACGGCUACGCCUAUCUUUACGAUUGUCCUGACAACGGGACGGUUUUCGACCCACAACUUUUGGUUUGCGUUUUCCAUGGCGAUUUGCCAGCGUGCCAAGUGUGAUUUUAAA